AUGAACACACCUCCCAAUCCUUUUCAGAAGAGUGCUCCGGUGAACAAUCCAGGUUCUAUGGUUUCACCCAGACUCUCUCCGCACCAAAACUCAAGCCGCUCGCAGAAUGUUAUACUCCAACCUCAGCCAGUGUCGUUUACGAGUGCGAUUAUGACAACCAUUCCUCUCGAUGUGCAAGAUGAAUGGGAUAAAUCUUUACAUCAAAAUUUCUCAAUUUUGUGUGAAGACAUUCAAAUGAUGAGCAUUCGAAAAGAGGAAAAUAUUAUAAUAAGUAGAAUCCAAGAGAAGAAUUAUCCACCCAAUAGCAGAGUACCAGCAUUUGGAUUGUUUUAUGCUGCUCUUACAAGCGAAGAUCCUACACAAUUAAUGAUAUUUACCAAAAUAUUUAACCACAUUGUCAACGAUUUUAAGGGAAUAACCGAAGAAUUGAAAAAGUUUGUGGAAACAAAAUUUUCAAAGCUUCAGGAACCUGCAGCAGAAAAACUUGGAACUUUUUUGGCCGAGUCUAUCAAAUUCAGUGAUCAAUUUGAAGCACCUUUUAUUGCACUCAUCAAAAAUAUGAAAACAUGUGACUUUGGUAAGAAAAAUAUGGUUCUCGUGGAACAAAUUCUUGACAUAUGUUUUCAAAAUAAGGAGUGGAUUUACUCAAACCCUAAAGUUCUAGUUCGAGUACUGUACAGUUUUUUACGAAUGAUUGAGGACAUCAAAAUUCUCAACAUGGAUCGACAAGGUUUAGAUAUGUUAAUGAAAAAGCAAUUGCAGCUUGUAGAGGAUAUCAUUAGAGACAAUAUUUCGAAAGACGCCAUCCAAUCUAUGGGAAGAGAUUUAGUUAGAGUUCUUUACAAUAUUGUAAAGAAGUACAAGAUUAGUGAUACGUUAGAGAAGUUAGUAUUUCAACAAGAAGUUGUUUAUUUCCAGAAGAUUCUUGGUACUCCCUCUUCCUCUCGUAUUUUAGAUUCCAGAAUUAACCAUGACAUGUUCACACAAAUAUCAUUCUUAAUCAGUAAUGUCAAGAUGGGAAAUCAACGAAGAUAUCAAACAUGGUUUGCUCAAAAAUUCUUUACAACACCAGAAAGUGAGGCUGUCAUACCUGACCUGAUUCGUUAUAUUAAUUGUGUAUAUCAUCCACCACACGAAACAAACCCAAGAUGGGCAAUAUUGGGCUGGCUGUUUAAAUCGAUCAAGAAUCCACAAAUUCUUGAGAACGCAAAGCUUAGUAUCGUGUACGAUAUGCUCUUUACCAUUUCUUCUGAAACGAACGAAGAUUUGUUGCGAAACAGUAUUGUUCCUGUCGUGUUUUUAAUGACAAACAGUAUUGGAAAAUAUACUGACGUCACCAAUGCAAUUUUGGACUUUAUUUUUAAUUUUGUAGAAAGACAAGAGCCAUACUUGAACGUUUCGAGACAGCAUGUAAUUAAUUCUCUCCAAACAUGUACACAGAAACUCAUGGAUGUUGGAAAUAAUGCCAUUAAUGUUGUCCAUGAAAAGAUUGACAAUGAAAGGAAAGAAAAGGUGAAAAGAUACCUUUUACCACAAAAAGAUGCUAGUACUGUACAGACUUCGUCAGUUCCUCCCAUUUCUGUCACACCUCUCACUAUUCCAGAUGCUGCAUCAACUAACUCAAGCACGAACAAAUCUCCAACACUCUCCCCUUCUAAAGGUCCUAUCUCAACAUCUCCUAAAGGCAGCACAGUUCCUCCAUCAAUUCCAUCACCUACAACUGGUCCAACAUCUGGAUUCAAUGCAGGAGAACCAAAGUCGACUUCUUCGCUUGCAGUUUCUGUUAAAUCUCCAAAUCGUCCUCUUGGAGCAUCCACAACUAAGUCUCCUACGUCACCAUCUAGGCCAUUACCUUUCUCUGCUCCAACCUCAAAAGAUUCUGACAUGAAAAAUAUUAGAGACAUAAUUGAAGAAAAUCUAAAGAACGCUCUCAACAAAUCCAAAGCUCUCGAUCAAUUCGAACCUGCUUUAACAAAUUUAACGACUCAAGUCAGUGAAUACUUUGAAUUGUUGCACACCUCUACUCCUGAUGCAAAAGAGGUUGAAGACAGUAGAAAUGUAUGCAAACAAACCAUUUCCGAUCUUAUUGACGCUUUUUCCAACGCAGUAUUGGCCCAACCUAGUGAUACGAAUGGUUUUGCUAGUUUUUUGAUCAAAAUUCUGAGCUUUGAAUUUCAACCAUACACCUCACAAACUAUUGCUAACCAAACAAAUCAGCAUGCUUCUCUCAUUGUUCAAACAGUCAUGAAAGAAAGAGCUGAAGAAGAGCGACAACAUUUAGAAAAAACAUUAUUGAGAAAUCAAACCACUCUACUCUACCAUUUAUUGGAUAAGGUUUGUGCGCAAGUGUUACCAACAUUAACUGGUGGCCAAUCUCGUGAGGCUUCGGCUGAUAGAACCAAAAAGUUGAAGAAGGAAAAAUUCUCUCAAUUCAUCAAAUUUGCAUGUAAGAGUGAUGUCUCUAUUGGGUAUAGAAUACUGUGCUUCUACGUCACAAAAAUUUACAGCGAAAAGAUUCAGGAAUUGGAGCUCGUUAAACCACAUUCUACUGAUACACUUCUCAACAUUUUAAUUUACAGUCAAAACUACAAGUACAAGAAUGCAUACUUCACAUUUUAUGAAUGGUCUUUAGGCGCUCGUAAACAAGUACAAGACGUUGCUGGAGGACAAUCUAUUGAACAGGUUUUUUUGAAAGAUAUGGUUGCAUGUUUGGAUGAGAGUCAUCUAUUAUUUACUACUCUUCUUCCACUAAUAUCGAGAGAUUUCUCACAUCUGAUCCAAAAGAACAAGGAGGAGAUAUUCAAAUUAAUCAUUACCAGAUUGUAUCCUCAUGAGCUGCAACUUGUAAAUACUCUUGUACAGAACGGCAGGCUCAAGAUUUUAUUCUCUCAAGGCAAACAAAAGAAGCCUAUUCCUGGUACCACAAGCACCACAACACCAGCAAGUCAAGGUAUUACAAAUUUGGACUACAUCUCUCAGGCUAUCGUCAUGAUACAAAAUUUGAACGACCAUUUCUCUGACGAUUAUGAAUACCAAAUGUUUUGGACUCUAUUGACAAAUGAAAUUUGUUACAAUCACACUCUGUACUGCAUGAAUAAUUGUCAAUCAGAGGAGGAUCAAGAAGCAAAGAAGACAACCACGGAGCUUUAUUACAAAUUCAACAUUACCAAUUUCAUUACUUCCGUUCUGAACACCUUACCCCAACAAGAGAUUUACUUUGAUAUUUUGUUAAACUUGGUUCAAAGGGUCACAUCCAUGAAUCCUGAUGGUGAGGCUCUAUUCAGUUAUGAGUUUAUCCAGAAUAUUAUUACUUUACCGUUUGAAAAGUUUUCAACCUUCCCCUCCACAUUACUUCACAAUUAUCUACAAUGCCAAUACAUGAAGAACGAUGGCUUUUUGUUGGAAACAACAGAGAAGCACUUUAUUACAAUUUUACAAGAAUUAAGUUUGGAUAAGCCAGAUAAUACCAAGAAAAUUUCUGUGGAACAAUCACAAAAUGUCCUCAUGCACUUUUAUUACAUGAAAUUGUUGACCAAUCAUUCACUUCAACAGGUGGCGACAAAGGACCCACCAAGCAAUAACCACUAUCUUCUUUUCGAAUGUGAAAACUUUUUGAAACAAAUUAGAAAGAUGAAAGCUCACCUCCCUCCAAAUAAUGCAAAACUGAAAUUUAUUUUCACACAAUUAAUUGGAGAUUUUGAACAAGUUGGUGGAGAUGAAGGCCCCUCAGACUUUGUCAUGGAGGAUUCUGAAGAAUCAAAAGUCAACAAUGUAAAGCCUGAAGACGAGGAAUCAAAGGCAGAGGAAGAAGAGGAAGAAGAAGAACAAACCGAGAAAAAACCACCUCGUCUACAACGAUCAAAGCCAAGAAAGUUCACCAAACGAAAGAAGGAUCAGCAAGAAGAAGAAGAAGAAGAGGAAGAACAAGAAAAUCAAGAUGACGAGAACAGUGAUGAAGAGCAGAGCAAGACUAGUCCCUCCAAACCUAAGAAACGAAAACAAGCAAAAGAAGAAGAACCAGAAGAAGAAGAAGAAGAAGUACAAGAAGUCGAUGAUGAAAUGAAUGACGAAGAAGAGGAAGAUGAUGAAGCGAAAGCGCUCAAUAACAUCAAAUCAAGUGCCAAGCAACGAUCUGGAAGAAAUUCGAGAAGGAGAUUCAAUCGAAGGUGA